CAAACGGUCAUAUCUUUUAUGACAUCAGAUUGCAUUUUGCGAAAAGAUUUUGCUUGGCAAAAAAAAACAAUUAUUUCGUCGCUCAAGGAUUUAGGACAUCGCCGUCGACGUGCCCACUGUAAUGGCCGAUCCCAAGUUCCAAAACCUUCCCGGAAUUGCUUAUGACCAGCCGGAUGUCUAUGAAACACCCGAUGAUGUAGAGCCCGAUACAUCCGACUAUUAUGAGGAGGAACCCGAGAACGAGGCCAUCGAGCGGCUGCACAUCUCGCCAAGCGCCGCCCAUCAGCGCUUCAGCGGGGCCAGUCUCGAAGGCAGUGUUGAUUUCACGGAUCGCAUCGGACGCCGCGUAUGCCGGGGAUACGAUGCUCGCGGCUCGGGUGAUUACGAACUCGUGGGCCUGGGUGAGAAGGAGACGCCCGUGCAGAAGUGCCAGCGCCUGCAGAUCGAAAUGAAUGAGCUGCUGAACGAGGUGGCCGCCCUCCAGGUUGACCGCAAAAUUGCCGACGAGGAGAAGCAAUCCUACGACGCCGUAGCCACAGUCAUCACCACGGCCAAGAAGGUGCUGGAUACCCUCAAGUUGGAGCAGGUUCUAGGCAAAGAGCAGGUGCCCAACAGCAAGCAGGUGAAGGCCCUCAUCAGCCAGGUGGAGGAGUUUAAGCAAUCCGGCGUGCUCACGGCCAUCCCUACGCCCGGAACUGACUUAGCGGCCACAGCCCGCGUGGCCAGCCUGGAGCAACGACUCUCGCAGCUGGAGAAGGUGGUGGGAGCCCAGCCCGAAAAGCUGAGCCGCCUUACUGCCGCCACCAAUACCAAUAAUGUACUAGAGGCUGUCCGGCAACUGAGCACCAAGGCUGCGCUGCUGCAGCCAGACAAGCUGGACACCAUCGAACAGCGCCUGACAUCGCUAGCCGGUAAGAUGGAUGCCAUCGCCGAGAAGUCCAGUGGAAGUGCUCAGGACGCCAAGCGGGACCAGAAGAUAACGGAGCUCUACGACAUCGCCAAGCGCACAGAGCCGGUGGUGGAAAUAUUACCGCACGUUAUUGAGCGCAUGCAGGCCCUUGAGGCUCUCCAUAAAUAUGCAAACAACUUUGCCAAGAUCAUAGCCGAGAUUGAGCAAAAACAGGGAACUAUAACCACCAGCCUGGUCAACAACAAGGAACUGCUGCAUUCCGUACAGGAGACAUUUGCCCAGAACCUGGAAACCAUCAAUAGCAAGGUGGCUAAAGUGGAGCAGCGCGUCACAGCCAUUUCCUCAGCUAAAUAAUUGCAGACAGUCGUAUUAUAUAUAGAUAUUAUUUAUGGAAAAAUAUAAUAAAGGGAACCACAUUUGAUUCUUUUUUGAUAAAGGAAA